AGCGUUAGUGCAACAUCAACAGGCUGCUGAAUCUCUUCUCCAGCCACAGCUUCAACUGACCAUGGAUUAUUACGGAGAUUAUAACUUCACUGAAAAUCACACUCUCGACAUUUUGCCCCCAAAGAUUCAACCAAUCCAGAUAGUGGCUCUGGUCCUCUAUGGCCUUGUGGUCCUGCUCGGUGUCCCUGGAAAUGCUCUGGUGGUUUGGGUGACGGGGUUCCGCAUGUCUCGCUCCGUCACCUCCCUCUGGUUCCUCAACCUCGCCCUGGCUGACCUCCUGUGCUGCCUCUCCCUCCCUCUGCUCAUGGUCCCUUUAGCCCACGAUGAUCACUGGCACUUUGGCCCGCUGGCGUGCACGCUGUUCAAAGGCCUGUUUUACCUGGUGAUGUACUGCAGCGUCCUGCAGCUGGUGUUGAUCAGCGUGGAUCGCUGGUUGAUGGUCAGCAAACCCAUCUGGUGCCAGAACAGCAGACGACCAAAGCAGGCCGUCUGUGGGUGCAUUGCCGUCUGGUUCCUGGCCCUGGUCGGCAGCAUCCCUCAGUUUGUCUACACCAAGGAGAUCAAAGUAGGUGAAGACAAGCGAGAGUGUCUGACAGUCAACACAGUGCUUAGCGCCUGGAGCAUCUUCUUCCUCCGCUUCUUCUUGGGAUUCUUCCUCCCUUUCUUGGUCAUUGUGAUCUGUCACUUGAUGGUGUACCGGAGAACACAGAGCGGCCUGACCAGAGGUCGGACCCGCUCCAAGCGAACACUGCGUAUCAUCCUUGCUGUGGUGCUGAGCUUCUUCGUGUGCUGGCUCCCCCUGCACAUUGUGGACUUCCUCUUAUUAAUCACACCUCGAAGUUCCCUUCACAGCCCCAAAAUCUACAUGGCACACAUUUUAUCACUCUGGCUGGCUUACUUCAACAGUUGCCUCAACCCUCUGCUGUAUGUGUGCCUCGGCCGAAGCUUCAAAGAGAGUAUGAACCGCUCGCUGCGCAACAUGUUCAAUUUCAUCAGCGAGGAUCCCACUAUCAGGGCCAGUACAACGGACACCAGGAGCACAUGCAAUGGAAAGGAAAUGAUGAAAAUAUGAUGGUGCGUUGACUUAUAUAUGUACUGAGGUUUGGUAUCAGAAGUGCAUUCAUUUAUCUCAUCAUUUCAAGUUUAAAGACAAAAAGACAGACAAUGAAUGAUUCCACAUUUGGAAGUGGUCGGUUGAAAGAGAAUAGAAAUUUGAAGUUGAAUGAAUACAACUUGAAUAUUUUCAUUAAGGCAAUUUUAAAAGAUUUGUUGAUUUUGCUGUAUGAUGCUUUAUACAAUACAUUGGUGAAAUAAACUCUGACUCUGAAUGUGUCAACA